AUGAUGGAGGGGUACAGAGGGGUCCGAAAUACGUACCAACAACCCACCAAACUCACCCCCUCUCCGCCUCCCGCUCCCUGCGUCAAACAUUCCACGAGUUGGGGUUCGACUCGGACCAUAGCUUCCCCGUUCAUUCUCUACAACAUGACGACCACCCUUCCAAUUUUUUUAGCGUUGAUGUGGGGACGGCAAACCCCAGCUUUGAUUCUAUUUCCAAUGAAAAGGGAGGGUGAGAGGCAUGAUAACCUCUCUCGAACGAUCCUCGAGCUCAGAGGACGACAACGACGAUCAGGAGAAAGGAGGUCAAAUUCACCGAAUAAAAACCAACGACAUUCCAUGUCUUGUUCUCCGGUGAUGGCGUUCCGCGUCCUGAUAGCAUUCACCCAACAAGACUUUCAUUGCGGGGAGCAGUACAUGAUCUGUUCUCGUUUCCUGCUCCUAGCCCUGGGCUGGUCUUAG